UAGUGUGCGUGUCCUCGGGAUGCUGAUAUUCCCCCGUGUCCGUCCGUCCCUCCCCAUCAUCGCAUCGCAAGUAACCUCCCCGUUUCGCUUGCUGCUUGUCAUCGUCUCCCCCGGCAAAGGCGGGCAAGCCCGCAGCCGCAGGGCCAAGCCGUGAGCAAGCUCGAUCACCUCGUGCCGAGGCCCAGCUAGCUCAUCUAUAUAAGCGCCAGCCUCUCUCUCCUCACUUAAAGCAAGCACCCAGUGUUAGCUCCACACGCGCACAGAGGACGGAAGGGGAGAGAGAGCAGCGAACGAGAGGAAGAGCAGCUGCGACGGCGGCGAGCGGGCAAUUAACGCCAGACAGAUAGGUGAGGUGGUAGUGGUAGUAGUAGUCUGGUAGAGGUAGAGAGAGAGAGAGAGAGAGAGAGAGAGAGGGGAGGUUAGCAAAGGUAUAAGCUGUGGGCUUCCGCAAUGAGGUCGAGGAGGUCGUCGCCUUCGUGGCGGCGGAGCGUGGUCGCCGCGGUCGUCAUAGCGUUGGCUGCGUCGUGGUCCGCGGCGGCGGCGGCGCAAGCGCAGCUGAGCCAGAGCUACUACGCUUCGACGUGCCCCAACGUGGAGACGCUGGUGCGCGGCGCCGUCACCCAGAAGCUGCAGGAGACCUUCAACGCGGCGCCGGGCACGCUCCGCCUCUUCUUCCACGACUGCUUUGUCAGGGGCUGCGACGCGUCCGUGCUGCUGUCGGGCCCCGACGACGAGCACAGCGCGGGCGCCGACACGACGCUGUCACCGGACGCGCUGGACCUCGUCACCCGCGCCAAGGCCGCCGUCGACGCCGACCCCAAGUGCGCCUACAAGGUCUCCUGCGCCGACAUCCUCGCCCUCGCCGCCCGCGACGUCGUCUCCCAGACGGGCGGGCCGUACUACCAGGUGGAGCUGGGGCGGCUGGACGGCAAGGUGGGCACUCGCGCCGUGGUGAAGCACAGCCUCCCCGGCGCCGGCUUCGACCUCGACCAGCUCAACAAGCUCUUCGCCGCCAACGGCCUCACGCAGACCGACAUGAUCGCCCUCUCAGGUGGGCACACGAUCGGCGUGACGCACUGCGACAAGUUCGUGCGGCGGCUGUACACGUUCAAGGGCGGCCGCAACAGCGCCGGCCCGCCGAUGAACCUCAACUUCCUGCGGCAGAUGCGGCAGACGUGCCCGCUCAACUACACCCCGUCGGCGUUCGCGAUGCUGGACGCCGUCACGCCGCGCAAGUUCGACAACGGCUACUACCAGACGCUGCAGCAGAUGAAGGGCCUGCUGGCCUCCGACCAGGUGCUCUUCGCCGACCGCCGGUCCCGCGCCACCGUCAACUACUUCGCCGCCAACCAGACGGCUUUCUUCGACGCCUUCGUCGCCGCCAUGGCUAAGCUCGGACGCGUCGGCGUCAAGACCGCCGCUGACGGCGAGAUCCGCCGCGUCUGCACCAAGGUCAACUAGCUCGCUGGUUAGCUCGUAAUACAUUGGGAGGGACAUUGGGUUGGGUAGUACCGUAGUUGGGGGUUGAGAAAGAAUGUUCAUGUCCAUCAGUAAAGGCCAUCCAUGAUCCAUCACAGUUCACAGUCACAGUCACAGUGUACUAGUAUAUUAAUUUGUUGAUCCGCCGAUUCUUUUCUUGAUUAUUAUUGUGUAGUAGCAGUAAUUGAAACCAUGUAACAACAAGAGGGAGCUCCAUACGUACAUCCUAGGAUAUUUUCAGUUCACGCCCUACCAUACUUACAUCCAUGUAAAUGAAUGAAUGCUACAGUUCGUCCAAGUACAUGCCAUUGCUUGCUUUUCU